CACCUCUAGCCUUGGCUUCUCCUCACCUGCCGGAAGAUGCUCUGGGCCUCUGUGCUCUUGCAAGGCGUCUCCUUUGCUUGGGCGGCCAGCAAAGGUUCCCACUGGACCUAUGAAGGGCCCCACGGGCAAGAACGCUGGCAGGAGACGUACCCAGACUGCGGGCGGGAGGCGCAAUCCCCCAUCAACAUCCAGACGGAGUCGGUCCACUAUGACCCUUCCCUGCCCCCUGUGGAGCCCGAGGGAUACCGCAGCCCCGGAAGCGAGAAGCUGACCCUGACAAAUAACGGGCACACAGUGCAGAUGUCCCUGCCCCAGACGAUGCGCUUGCACGGCCUGCCCAAGGUCUACUCGGCUGUUCAGCUGCACUUCCAUUGGGGCAGCCAGAGACACACCGGGGGGUCCGAGCACCAAGUGGACGGCCAGGCCUUCCCCGCAGAGGUUCACAUUGUCCAUUUCAACUCAGAGAAGUAUGCCAACCUGAGUGAGGCGAAACAUCAGGCUGACGGGCUGGCUGUGCUGGGGAUCUUUCUGGAGGUUGGCGACUCAGAGAAUUUUGCCUACAGCCACAUCUUUGACCACUUGGAAGACAUCAGGCACACAGAACAGGAAAUCUCUCUCUCGCCUUUCAACGUCCGCGACCUCCUUCCGGCGCACUUGGGCCGCUAUUUCCGCUACAACGGCUCUCUGACCACCCCGCCCUGCUACCAGAGUGUGCUGUGGACGGUCUUCCACCAGGCUGCCCACAUCUCUGCUGCUCAGCUAGAGAAACUGCAGAAAUCUCUUUACUCCACUGAAGAUGACGAAACUCCACAGUUGGCUCUCGUGGACAAUUUCCGGAGGCUGCAAGACUUGAACCACCGCCUGGUCCUCUCUUCGUUCCCGGCGGGGCCUUCUGGAUAUUCUGCAGGGAAGAUCGUGGCUAUCAUUUUCGGGGUCUUUUUGGGCUGCCUCAGCCUCUUCCUGGCCGGCUGGAUUGCAGCAAAAAGAAUACGGGAGAAGACCCUGCAGGACCAGAAGGGCGUUGUCUUCAAAUCUUCCUCCCCGAGGCCCAUUACGGAUUAA